AUGGCAUCCUCGGGCGGCGGCGGCGGCGGGGGAGACGUGCCGGCGGAGAGGGCUGCCGCAGCGGUGAACGACCUGAUGGAGGUGCGCGAGGGCGGGGAGAGGCUCAGGGACUGGCUGCAGGAGCAGUCGUCGGAGUGGACGGAGCUGAUGGACGGGAUGCUGCACAAGCUGACCAGCGCUCUCUCGGCCUUGGACACCGGCUGCGCAGCUGGAGCGUCGGCGGCCGGAUCGGGCGACGGGGUGCUCAGGCCGACGGCGGAGAGCUCGGCCAGGAGGACUAGGAAACGCAGCUUCAGCAGGAGGUCCCAACGCUCCUCUAGCACACGAGUAACUCACACGCUGAUUGAUGGUCACGUAUGGCGGAAAUAUGGGCAGAAAGAAAUCCAAAACUCGCCUCAUCCAAGGAGCUACUACAGGUGCACGCACAAAUCAGAAAGAGGCUGCGAUGCCAAGCGGCAAGUCCAAGCCUGCGAAACCGACCCGCCCAAGUUCACCAUCACGUACUACGGCGAGCACACCUGCACCACGCCCCCGGUGACCAUCGUGGACGCCAACGAUGGCCGCGGAAGGAACAACCUCGUCAGUUUCGCGCGGACGUUUCCUCAGCUGUCCGAUAAGGAAGGUGGCGCGGCCACUACUCAGCAUCUGUCCUCCUCCUGGUGCGCGAGCGACCGCGUGUUCAACUCCUCGGGCGCCGAUCCGUUCGUGCAGACGGACGAGCUCGCCGUGGUCGUGGGAUCUGCCGGGAGGACGAAGUCGACGGUGGGCUCGGUGCGGGACUACGGCGGGCUUGGUGACAGGGCGGGAGGCGGCCAGGGCGGUGGCACGAGCAGCUUUCCAUCAUCACCAAGCAGCAUCGAGUUCAUGAUGAACUCGCUAGGCAGCCUCGGAGAUAUCGAUGACGACCAUUUCCCGUGCGAUCCAUGA